ACCGUGAGCACGUUGGACGAGGAAUCCCGGGGCUACGGCAGUGUAUUCACCGCGUAUAUAAAACUUGAGUUGACCUCGCCAGACUCAGUCGACUUUCAAUCACAAAGUGGUAGAGACGGGACAACCAACGGCGGUAAUCAAGCCUAACAGCAACACUUAAGUGUUUACGUUAUUGGACUGUUCGGCACAUUCCUGAAGAGAGAUAGUCAGACUGUCCAUCAUGAAAGUAGCAUUAACAUCUCUUGUCAUCGUUGCCGUUUUGGCAUGCUUCGUCCACGAUGCAUCAGCCCAGCAAAAUUGGUGGGAAAGAGACCAAGAUGGUUCAGUGGCGAUCGCAUCCUCGAGGACGUCAACUUCCGCUCCAUCGACAGCAGCCCCGGCUUCCGGGAUGCCUGCCAACUGUCCGUGCGUCACUACUCCGCAGUACAAUCCAGUCUGUGGUGAUAACCGAAUCACCUACGAUAAUUUUGAAAUACUGAAAUGUGCUCAAAAUUGUGGCGUAGGUGAGUAUAAGAUAUGCGGUCAUGCUUUGUCAACGAAGAUAUUCGAAGGUUUGAAAGGAGAUUUGUUUCCUAUUAUGGAUUUCUUUACAGCUUCGAGUAAAACUGCUCUUCAAUGGACGCUGUGAGAAGCUCAUAUAAGAAGUGAACAUCCCGCAAACCUUCAACCAAAAAGCCGCAAUGAAAUAACGUCUCCGUUCUCAAUGUGUACGAGUGCUUGUGAUUCUUUGUUAUUUUACUGAGUUACCAUGCUAUUAACUUUUUAUUAAGUAGAAUAUUUACUGAUGAUUUUCCACAUUGCUGUGCCAUAAAACAUACACAUGUGAUUUUGUAUUGAGAAACCUUUAAGUAGCUAAUGUUAUAUGAAACAAUAAUCAAUGGAUAUCUACAUUUAUUCAUCUAACAAUUAAAUUAUCUAUAUGAAACGAGAUUUAAAGGCUCAACGAAUACAAGAUUAUUACAAAAUUAGAUUUUCAAAAUUUACCAAAUUUUGCACACGCUGCAAUCGAAAAAUUAAACCUUCCGCACAUGAUUUUAUCAAAAUUUAUAUGUGGGGGUCAAAACUUGGAAGAGAAAAAUAACUACUGAUCAGUGACACUUUCAACAAUCAACAUUUCGAACAAUUCAACAUUAGUUAUUUUAUUUUCACAUAUUUGAAUUUUCGAUAUAUCAGCCAUUCGCAACAAUGACUAUUCCAAGUUUUAACCUUCACCGAAUUUGUACAUACUGUGCUGAAAAAGAGAAUAUUAAAUUUUCGCGGGUUGCAUAUCAUCAA